UAGUUUCAGCACUAUAUGUAGUACUUAUAUCCUUUGGUAAUUGUAUUGCGAAGUUGGCGUGACAUAUAUACACAAGCAUUCUUGUUGUAUAGCCAGCCAUUACAUGCAUGAAACCAAAGGCAGAGACACCUGCCACUUGUCGGGGACUUCACGUGCUUCGAUUCCGCUACUGUUUUGUCAACAGGCUACACCAAAAAACAGAAGAUAUCAAGUGACAUAACCUAACAGAUGUUUGUUCUCCAAAGUGGACUAUAGUAAAGUUUUAUUCAGCAAACAGUGAGCUAUAGCCUAUGAAGAUCGCGACACAGAGUUUCCCUCGCAGAAAUGCCAGUGCGAAUGCCAGUGCGAACCACCAGGUUGAUGUACAGGGGAAUUUGCACUAUUCCAGAUAUCCUGUCAUACCGGACCCCCAUUAACCUGCCUGAGGAUGAGGUGGAAGAGAUCCGCGAGGCCUUCAAGGUGUUUGACAGAGAUGGAAACGGCUACAUAUCAAAGCAGGAGUUGGGGGUGGCCAUGCGGUCGCUGGGAUACAUGCCUAAUGAGGUGGAGCUGGAGAUUAUUAUCCAAAGGCUGGACAUUGAUGGUGAUGGCCAGGUUGACUUUGACGAAUUUGUUGCACUGCUUGGACCAAAACUUAUUGCUGCUGGGAUGCCUGAUAAGUUCCAUGGGGCGAACUUUGACUCUGUAUUUUGGAAGUGUGACAUGUCGAAGCUAACGGUAGAUGAGCUGAAGAGGCUGCUGUAUGACACGUUCUGUGACCACCUCACCAUGAAAGACAUUGAGAACAUCAUCAUGACCGAAGAGAGCCACCUGGACAACCAAGUGUGCCAAGUGGACAUUGACACGAGCCCGACACAACAGGUGAAGCACACUUGUGUGCGGAAGAGUCUGAUUUGUGCUUUUGCCUUUGCAUUUAUCAUCAGUGUAAUGCUUAUUGCAGCUAACCAGAUGCUCCGUAGAGGUAUGAAGUAGAAAGUCCUUCACUACCAGAGGGGAAAAUAGUUUUCUUCAUUGUCCUUUCACACUCAAUCCAAUGACUAAGCAGAGACAAAUUAAACUGAAAAAAAGAACCAAAAUGACAUGGAUUUUCUUUGAUUCAGAGACACACUGAGUGUACAAAACAUUAAGGACACCUUCGAUAUAUUAAAUUGCACCCCCAAAACAGCCUCAAUUUAUCAGGGCAUGGACUCUACAAGGUGUCAAAAGUGUUCCACAGGGAUGCUGGCCUAUGUUGACUCCAAUGCUUCUCACAGUUGUGUCAAGUUGGGUGGAUGUCCUUUCUUCAUACACACGGAAAACUGUUGAUUGUGAAAAACCCAGUAGCGUUGCAGUUCUUGACACAAACCGGUGCACCUGACCCCUACUACCAUACCCAGUUCAAAGGCACUUAAAUAUUUUGUCUUUCCCUUUCACCCUCUGAAUGGUACACACCCAAUCCAUGUCUCAAUUGUCUCAAGGCUAAAAGCUCCUUCUUUAACCUGUCUCCUCCACUUCAUCUACACUGAUUGAAGUGGAUUUAACAAGUGACAUCAAUAAGGGAUUAUAGUUUUCACCUGGGAUUUACCUGGUCAGUCAGUCAUGGAAAGAGCAGGUGUCCUUAAUGUUUUGUACAUUCAAUUACCCUUCUGUCCUGAGAUCCAUUUCGAGCCAGAGCAUAGACCAAACCCGUUACUAAAACCGUCAACUGGACAAAUGGGCAUUCAGUGAUGUAAAGUAACUAGUUUUAAGUUUCAAAAUGUAUUGGUCGUAUGUACAGGAUACGCAUGGUAUACACUGUCCAAUGAAAUGCUAACUUGCAAGUUCCUUCUCGACAAUACAACAACAAUAAGAAAUAAUAAAACAUUACUAUACAGGCACCGUUUCAAGUAGAUGUCCUGGAUGGGUGGGAACACGGUCCCAGGGAUGUACUGGGCCGUCUUCACCACGGGACUUGCGAUCGUGGAUGGAGCAAUUCCCGUACCAGGCCGUGAUGCAACCAGUCAGGGCACUCUCAAUGGUGCAGCAGAAGUAUUUGGAGAGGACCCAGGGUGGCAUGCCAAAUUUCUUCAGCCCCCUUAGGAAGUAGAGGCGAUGUUGUGGUGGUGUUGUUGGUCCAUGUCAAGUCCUCGGUGAUGUGGAUGCCGAGGAACUUAAAACUGCUUACUCUCUCUACUGCAGUCCCGCUGGAUGAUGUGAAACUAUACUGAACAAAAAUAUAAAAGCAACAUGCAACAAUUUUAAUGAUUUUACUGAGUUACAGUUCAUAUAAGGAAAUCAGUGAAUUUAAAUAAUUUCAUUAGGCCCUAAUCUAUGGAUUUCACAUGACUGGGCAAGGGGUGUAGCCAUGGGUGGACCUGGGAGGGCAUAGGGAGCUCUCCAACCACUGGGGAGCCAGGCCCAGCCUAUCAGAAUGAGUUUUUCCUCACAAAAGGGCUUUAUUACAGACAGAAAUACUCCUCAGUUUCAUUGGCUGUCCGGGCAACUGGUCUCCGAUGAUCCCGCAGGUGAAGAAGCCGGAUGUGGAGGUCCUAGGCUGGCGUGGUUACACAUGGUCUGCGGUUGUGAGGUCGGUUGGACGUACUGCCAUGCUCUCUAAAAUGAUGUUGGAGGCAGCUUAUGGUAGAGAUUCCUGCAGUCAACAUGCCAAUUGCAAGCUCCCUCAAAAUUUGAGACAUCUGUGGCAUUGUGUGACAAAACUGCACAUUUUAGAGUGGCCUUGUAUUGUUCCCAGCACAAGGUGCACCUGUGUAAUAUUCAUAUUGUUUAAUCAGCUUCUUGAUAUGCCACACCUGUCAGCUGGAUGGAUUAUCUUGGCAAAUGAGAAAUGCUCACUAACUGGGAUAUUAACAAAUGUGUGCACAAAAGUUGAUUGAAAUAAGCUUUUUUGUGCAUAUGGAACAUUUCUGGGAUAUUUUAUUUCAGCUCAUGAAACAUGGGACCAAAAAUUCACAUGUUGCGUUAAAAUUUUUGUUCAGUAUAAGUACAAAUAAUUUGAAAUACUACUUAUGUAUUUUUGGGGGUUAUCUGUUGUUUACUUUACUAUUUACAUUUUUACAUUCUGCCAUUGCAUAGCAUGUAGCCAAUGGCAGUCGCUAAAGAAAAUGUGAUAAGAAGCGAAUGAGAUUGGAAAUGGGGAGAUAUGAUUUUGGUGAACUUCUUAGACACAGAUAAUAUAUUAAUUAUCAUUAUCAAACCUAAGAUGGGAUCUGCCAAUCCCUAGCUAUUGAACCACUGUUCCAACUGCUGGCUCACCCCAGUUCUCCUUCUAAACACACAGCACAUGUAAAGUACAUGUAAAUAAUACCAAGUAAUACAAUUUGUGUACUUCCUCUGUGGUGGUUUUACUUCAAAGUCUGAUGUAUUUAUUACAGUUAUUAUGCAAAUUUUAGUGCUUGCAAAAAGGUACAUGACAGUUUUCUGUAAAUAUUUAUGUCCUGUGAGUAACAGGUUUUACGGUAUGCUGUGAAGGAUAUUGAAACAUAUCAUGGAUAUCAAGGUUGUUUUGUUUGGCUGUUGACAUGGUCCACCAAAACAACAUUCAGCUAUUGUUUAGAUUUUGACUUGGUUAUAUUUUCUUAAUGGAAGAAGAGACACGAUAUAUCAAAGAUGAUGAUAUCAAGAAUGUAAACAUACAAUAUUUUUUUAAACCAGGGUUCUAAUGUAUGAUUUCCAGGUUUACUGAAACUGGAAUACCAUUCUAACACAAUUAAUGUGUUAAUGGCCAUUUACUUCAAUUUUACGUAUUACUCUUUUGUCAUGUUUCUUUUUAAGAAUCAGUGUUAAUCAUACAGUACCAGUCAAAAGUUUGAACACACCUACUCAUUCAAUGGUUUUUCUUUAUUUUUACUAUUUUCUACAUUGUAGAAUAAUAGUGUAGACAUCAAAAUAAUGAAAUAACACAAAUGGAAUUAUGUAGUAACCCAAAAAAGUGUUAAACAAAUCAAAAUGUAUUUUAUAUUUGAGAUUCUGCAAAAAAAAGUAGCCACCCUUUGCCUUGAUGACAGCUUUGCACACCCUUGGCAUUCUCUCAACCAGCUUGAUGAGGUAGUCACCUGGAAUGCAUUUCAAUUAACAGGUGUGCCUUGGUAAAAGUUAAUUUGUGAAAUGUCUUUCCUUCUUAAUGUGUUUGAGCCAAUCAGUUGUGUUGUGACAAGGUAGGGGUGGUAUACAGAAGAUAGCCCUAUUUGGUAAAAGACCAAGUCCAUAUUAUGGCAAGAACAGCUCAAAUAAGCAAAGAGAAAGCACAAGCCAUCAUUUAUUUAAGACAUGAAGGUCAGUCAAUGCAGAACAUUUCAAGAACUUUGAAAGUUUCUUCAAGUGCAGUCGCAAAAACUGUCAAACGCUAUAAUGAAACUGGAUCUCAUGAGGACCGCCACAGGAAAGGAAGACCCGGAGUUACCUCUGCUGUAGAGUAUAAGUUCAUUAGAAUUAACUGCACCUCAGAUUGCAGCCCAAAUAAAUGCUUCACAGAGUUCAAGUAACACACAUCUCAACAUCAACUGUUCAGAGGAGACUGCGUGAAUCAUGCCUUCAUGGUCGAAUUGCUGCAAAGAAACCACUACUAAAAGACACCAAUAAGAAGAAGAGACUUGCUUUGGCCAAGAAACACGAGCAAUGGACAUUAAACCAGUGGAAAUCUGUCCUUUGGUCUGAUGAGUCCAAAUGUAAAUUUUUUGGUUCCAACCGCCAUGCCUUUGUGAGACGCAGAGUAGUAGACCGGAAGAUCUCUACAUGUGUGGUUCCCACCGUGAAGCAUGGAGGAGGAGGUGUGAUGGUGUGGCGGUGCUUUGCUGGUGACACUGUCUGUGAUUUAUUUAGAAUUCAAGGCACACUUAACCAGCAUGGCUACCACAGCAUUCUGCAGCGAUACGCCAUCCCAUCAGGUUUGCACUUAGUGGGACAAUCAUGUGUUUUUCAACAGGACAAUGACCCAAAACACACUUCCAGGCUGUGUAAGGUCUAUUUGACCAAGAUGGAGAGUGAUGGAUUGCUGCAUCAGUUGACCUGGCCUCCACAAUCACCCGACCUCAAUCCAAUUGAGAUGGUUUGGGAUGAGUUGCACCGCAAAGGGAACAAAAAGCAGGACAACAAGUGCUCAGCAUAUGUGGGAACUCCUUCAAGACUGUUGGAAAAUCAGUCCUCAUGAAGCUGGUUGAGAGAAUGCCAAGAGUGUGCAAAGCUGUCAUCAAGGCAAAGCGUGGUUACUUUGAAGAAUCUGAAAUACACUGCUCAAAAAAAUAAAGGGAACACUUAAACAACACAAUAUAACUCCAAGUCAAUCACACUUCUGUGAAAUCAAACUGUCCACUUAGGAAGCAACACUGAUUGACAAUAAAUUUCACAUGCUGUUGUGCAAAUGGAAUAGACAAAAGGUGGAAAUUAUAGGCAAUUAGCAAGACACCCCCCAAAAAAGAGUGAUUCUGCAGGUGGUGACCACAGACCACUUCUCAGUUCCUAUGCUUCCUGGCUGAUGUUUUGGUCACUUUUGAAUGCUGGCGGUGCUCUCACUCUAGUGGUAGCAUGAGACGGAGUCUACAACCCACACAAGUGGCUCAGGUAGUGCAGUUCAUCCAGGAUGGCACAUCAAUGCGAGCUGUGGCAAAAAGGUUUGCUGUGUCUGUCAGCGUAGUGUCCAGAGCAUGGAGGCGCUACCAGGAGACAGGCCAGUACAUCAGGAGACGUGGAGGAGGCCGUAGGAGGGCAACAACCCAGCAGCAGGACCGCUACCUCCGCCUUUGAGCAAGGAGGUGCAUUGCCAGAGCCCUGCAAAAUGACCUCCAGCAGGGCACAAAUGUGCAUGUCUCAUGCUACCACUAGAGUGAGAGCACCGCCAGCAUUCAAAAGUGACCAAAACAUCAGCCAGGAAGCAUAGGAACUGAGAAGUGGUCUGUGAUCACCACCUGCAGAAUCACUCUUUUUUUGGUGGUGUCUUGCUAAUUGCCUAUAAUUUCCACCUUUUGUCUAUUCCAUUUGCACAACAGCAUGUGAAAUUUAUUGUCAAUCAGUGUUGCUUCCUAAGUGGACAGUUUGAUUUCACAGAAGUGUGAUUGACUUGGAGUUACAUUGUGUUGUUUAAGUGUGCCCUUUAUUUUUUUGAGCAGUGUAUAUUUUGAUUUGUUUAAACUUUUUUGCUUACUACAUGAUUUUAUAUGUGUUAUUUCAUAGUUUUUAUGUCUUCACUAUUCUUCUAAAAUGUAAAAAAUAAAAAAUAAACCUUGAAUGAGUAGCUGUGUCCAAACUUUUUACUGGUACUGUAUAUUAAGAAUUGAAUUAUCGUUUUGAUGAAAUGCUAUAUAUUUUGUAUUAAGACUAUAACAUACCAGAUAAUACUAUAUAAAGUAAAGUGAAAGAUAAUGGAUCGUGCAAUAGUCUAGGGCAAUUAUAAGGUACAAAGUGAUGCUGAAACUUUUCAGACUUGUUAAAAGUAGUCCUUGAGGAUAAAGUUGUAUGUUUUGCAAUCAUUGAUUUUUGUUUGAUAUACAUUUUAAAGUGAAACAUCUGAGUCUCAGCAUCGUUCUGUUAACGUGGAAUUACCCUCUACUUUGCUGAGGAUGACAAAAUGUUGCUUGGUUAUCUGUUCAUAUUUACAAACACUGAGUGUACAAACACUGAGAACAGCUUCCUAACAUUGAGUUGCACCACCUUUUGCCCUCAGAACAACCCUAAUUCGUCAGGGCAUGGACUCUACAAGGUGUCCAAAGCGUUCCACAGGAAUGCUGGCCCAUGUUGAGUCCAACACUUCUCAUAGUUGUGUCAAGUUGACUGGUCCGUUGGGUGGUGGACUUUUCUUGAUACACACGGGAAACUGUCAAGCGUGAAAAACCUGAAGUUCUUGACACACAUCAAUGCACCUGACGUUCAAAGGCACUUCAAUCUAUUAUUUUGCCCAUUCAUACUCUGAGUGGCACACACACAAUUUAUGUCAUAAUUGCCUCAAGGCUUAAAAAUCCUUCUUUAACCUGUCUUCCCCCCUUCAUCUACACCGAUUGAAGUUAAUUUAACAAGUGACAUCAAUAAGGGAUCUUAACUUUCACCUGGUCAGUCUAUAUGUCAUGGAAAGAGCAGGUGUUCUUAAUGUUUUGUACAAUCAGUGUAUAUGAGAAUUAACUAUAUGACUACAUGCAUUUGUGCAAAUGUGACAUAGCCAGUGUAAUAGACAAUACAUACAAAAAUAUUAAAGCAAUGAUAUUGUAUAUGAACAAUGUUACAUUGAAUUACUGAGGAGAAUCUGUUCAUGUACAGUUUGUUGAGAGCUGAUCAGAUGUUUUACUCAUAUCCCUCAAUGUGUCAUAUGUAGAAGUUUGGUUCUCUAUAUGUGACUGUGAUUGUCAUCAAGUCAAACAUAGUGCAGCUCUGAUACUUUGUGUCAAACACAGGAGGAAAUCCACAUAUCAAUCAUUUCAGAAUAAUAUAUUUUAUGGACCAACUAUUCUUGAUCGAAAAAUAACUUGAAACAAAUGUAUUGGUCAGAGAUGAACAUCUUGCAAAUCUAAAUUAACACAAUAUACAGGUACAGUUGAAGUCGAAAGUUUACAUACACUUAGGUUGGAGUCAUCAAAACUCAUUUUUCAACCACUCCACAAAUUUGUUAACAAACUAUAGUUUUGGCAAGUCGGUUAGGACAUCUACUUUGUGCAUGACAAGUAGUUUUUCCAACAAUUGUUUACAGACAGAUUAUUUCACUUAUAAUUCACUGUAUCACAGUUCCAGUGGGUCAGAAGUUUACAUACACUAAGUUGACUGUGCCUUUAAACAGCUUGGAAAAUUCCAGAAAGUGAUGUCAUGGCUUUAGAAGCUUCUGAUAGGCUAAUUGACCUCCUUUGAGUCAAUUAGAGGUGUACCUGUGGAUGCAUUUCACGGCCAACCUUCAAACUCAGUGCCUCUUUGCUUGACAUCAUGGGAAAAAUCAAAAGAAAUCAGUCAAGAUCUCAGAAAAAAAAUUCAGACCUCCACAAGUCACUGGUCCACUGGUUCAUCCUUGGGAGCAAUUUCCAAACGCUUGAAAGAACCGAGUUCAUCUGUACAAACAAUAGUACGCAAGUAUAAACACCAUGGAACCAUGCAGCUGUCACUCCGCUCAGGAAGGAGACGCGUUCUGUCUCCUAGAGAUGAACGUACUUUGGUGCAAAAAGUGCAAAUCAAUCCCAGAACAACAGCAAAGGACCUUGUGAAGAUGCUGGAGGAAACAGGUACAAAAGUAUCUAUAUCCACAGUAAAAAGAGUCCUAUAUCGACAUAACCUGAAAGGCCGCUCAGCAAGGAAGAAGCCACUGCUCCAAAACCGCCAUAAAAAAUCCCGACUACGGUUUGCAGCUGUACAUGGGGACAAAGAUCGUACUUCUGGAGAAAUGUCCUCUGGUCUGAUGAAACAAAGUAGAACUGUUUGGCCAUAAUGACCUUCGUUAUGUUUGGAGGUAAAAUUGGGGAGGCUUGCAAGCCGAAGAACGCCAUCCCAACCGUGAAGCACGGGGUUGGCAGCAUCAUGUUGUGGGGGUGCUUUGCUGCAGGAGGGACUGGUUCACUUCACAAAAUAGAUGGCAUCAUGAGAAAGAAAAAUUAUAUGGAUAUAUUGAAGCAACAUCUCAAGACAUCAGUCAGGAAGUUAAAGCUUGGUCGCUAAUGGGUCUUGCAAAUGGACAAUGACCCCAAGCAUACUUCCAAAGUUGUGGCAAAAUGGCUUAAGGUCAACAAAGUCAAGGUAUUGGAGUGGCCAUCACAAAGCCCUGACCUCAAUCCCAUAGAAAAAUUGUGGGCAGAACUGACAAAGCGUGUGCGAGCAAGGAGGCCUACAAACCUGACUCAGUUACAGCUCUGUCAGGAGGAAUGUGGGAAGUUUGUGGAAAGCUACCGGAAACGUUUGACCCAAGUUAAACAAUUUAAAGGCAAUACUACCAAAUACUAAUUGACUGUAUGUAGAGUUCUGACCCACUGGGAAUGUGAUGAAAGAAAUAAAAGCUUAAAUAAAUCAUUCUCUCUACUAUUAUUCUGACAUUUCACAUUCUUAAAAUAAAGUGGUGAUCCUAACUGACCUAGGACAGGGAAUUUUACGAGGAUUAAAUGUCAGGAAUUGUGAAAAACUGAGUUUAAAUGUAUUUGGCUAAGGUGUAUGUAAACUUCUGACUUCAACUGUAUAUGGUGAACAGAAAUUAUCCCUAAUGUGAACCUUUAGGUGUCCUAGAACUGUCUAAUGUCGCCUUUGGUUAUGGCAUUCUUUCAGCAUUAGUAAACUCUUCCUAUGCUCUGUAGGUGCAGAGGCGGUAGGUAGGCUUGCAAUUAAGAGCGUUGGGCCAGUAAGGGAUUUGAAUCCCUGAGCCAACUACGUGAAAAAUCUGUCGAUGUGCCCUUGAGCAAGGCACUUAACCCUAAUUGCUCCUGUAAGUCACUCUGGAUAAGACCGUCUGCUAAAUGACUAAAAGGUAAAUGUAAAUGCACAUACAGUAUGUACCCAUCACCACAUCAAAUAUACAUUUAUAAAAGUGAUGACUGGGAGCAUGUUGUCCAAUAAACACAAACAUAAAUAA